UGCCUAGAAUGGGGGUGGGGGCUGGGGGAAAUGAUUAGUCCUUGAGAGCUAGUGAACAAUUCUGAGAAAGAGACCCAGAGAGAGAGGGAAGAAAAAGAUAGACAGAGCGGGAGGGGGAGAAAAGAAAAGGGGGAAGAGGAAAGGGGAGGGAAGAGAGGAGAGAGCCAGAGCAAGAGAGAGAGAGAGCAUGUGCAAUCAGCAAUAGCUGUGGACCUUACCGUUGCUGCUAACUGCCCUGGUGUGUGUGAGGGAGAGAGAGAGAGGGAGGGAGGGAGAGAGAGGGAGAGCUAGCGCGAGAGAGAGAGCGAGCGAGUGAGCAAGCUAGCAGAAAAGAGGUGGAGAGGGGGGAAUAAGGAAGAGAGGAGGAAAGGAGAGAAGGCAGGAAGAAGGCGAGGGAGGAUACAACCAUGCUGUGCUGUAUGAGAAGAACCAAACAGGUUGAAAAAAAUGAUGAGGACCAAAAGAUUGAACAAGAUGGCAUCAAACCAGAAGAUAAGGCUCACAAGGCUGCCACCAAAAUUCAGGCUAGCUUCCGUGGACACAUAACAAGGAAAAAGCUCAAAGGUGAGAAGAAGGGUGAUGCCCAAGCUGCUGAGGUUGAAGUGAAUGAGAAGAAAGAGGAAGUCCCUGUUGCUGAUGGGAUAGAGAAGAAGGAAGGAGACGGCUCCACUACCACUGAUGCGGCCCCAGCCACUGGCCCCAAGCCGGAGGAGACCGGCAAAGCAGGCGAAGCUCCGUCUGAGGAGAAGAAGGGGGAAGGCGCCCCUGACGCUGCCACAGAGCAGGUAGCCCCUGAAGCUACUGGCCCCUCAGAGGAGAAGGCCGGCUCUGCUGAGACAGAAAGUGCCACUAAAGCUUCCACUGAUAACUUGCUGUCCUCCAAGGCUGAAGAGGCCCCAGCCAAGGAGGAGCCUAAACAAGCCGACGUGCCUGCUGCUGUCACUGCUGCUGCUGCUGCCGCCACUCCUGCCGCAGAGGACGCUGCUGCCAAGGGAACAGCUCAGCCUCCAACGGAGACUGCGGAGAGCAGCCACGCAGAAGAGAAGACUGGUGAGCAGGCACCAAGGGUCAGAUGCAGCGGGUGGCUGGGCCAGGGGUCUGCCUAG